AACAAUCUACACCCAUAAGCAAUCAUGUGGUUCACGCGUUCGAUUUGUACAUGCAGGGGCGGAGCUAGGAGUUGUUUUUAGGGUUAUUUACUGAAAAUUUAACUAAUUUCUCAUUGAUCUUCCCUUCUUGAUUGUUUUCUUUGACGGUGGAAAACAAAAUGCAAGGCUUUUGUCCUCUUCAUAUUUUCAACGCAUGGAACUCACUCAUCGUUCCCUCGUGAUCGUCAUUACCAUGGGUUUGUUUUUGGUGGGGUCUUCAAAAGCUGGACAAUCAUUCACCGUUGUCAUUCCAGUGACGUGUACAUUUUUAGCAUGAACUAUGAUAUCUUGUGGUUGUUAUGUGUUCUUGAAAUGGAGAAUAAAAAAUAGAAUUAUGCUUGUUGGCUCUUGCACUCUGAAGUUUUGUUAAGUCCUGCAUAAGGAUUUAUUUUGGUAGAGGAAAAGAGCUACCAAUAAUUACUAUGGCACGGGAGAGCAAGAAGCCGCUGUUGGAGAAACGUUACUAUGAGAACUGCCCUGGCUGUAAGACUGAUCUACUCAAGCAAUCAAGAACAGGCAUACCUGUUCGAGAGCUUGUUUCAAUAUGGAUUGCUUUGCUUUGCAAUGCUCUUCCAGUAUCAUCUCUCUUUCCAUUUCUUUAUUUCAUGAUAAGGGAUUUCCAAAUUGCAAAAAGAGUGGAAGAUAUAGGUUAUUAUGCUGGAAUUUUGGGAUCAUCAUUUAUGUUUGGCAGAGCAUUGACAUCUGUCUUAUGGGGUGUCAUGGCAGAUCGAUAUGGUCGUAAACCUGUUAUAAUUAUGGGAAGUUUCUCAGUGGUUAUUUUCAACACACUCUUUGGCCUUAGCCUUAAUUUUUGGAUGGCUAUUGGUGCAAGGUUUCUUCUCGGGAGUUUUAAUGGUUUACUGGGCCCAAUGACGGCUUAUGCAGUUGAAAUUUUCCGGGAAGAACAUCAAGCUUUAGGACUCUCAAUAGUCAGUACGUCAUGGGGUAUAGGCCUGAUCAUUGGUCCCGCGCUAGGAGGUUUCUUGGCCCAGCCAGCAGAUAAAUAUCCAAGUAUAUUCUCUAAAGAAUCUUUGUUUGGGAGAUUUCCAUACUUCUUACCGUGUUUAAGCAUCUCGCUUUUUGCGUUGGGAGUAACCAUUGCUUCCUGUUGGCUGCCGGAAACAUUGCACAUGCACAAUGAGAGCAAUAUGUCCCAAGAUGGCUUAUGUGCUGAUAUGGAAACUUCAUCACAUUGGAGUAAUGCAAAUGAGAAAAAGGAUGAAAUUGAAAAGAAUGAAUCAACGUCCAAAGGAAGUCUCAUAAGAAAUUGGCCUCUGAUGUCAUCUAUCAUUGUUUAUUGUGUGUUCUCACUUCAUGAUAUGGCUUAUUCAGAGAUAUUUUCACUGUGGGCUGAGAGUCCUAAAAAGUUUGGGGGUUUGAGCUAUUCAACUGAUGAUGUUGGAAAAGUCCUUGCAAUAUCAGGUCUCAGCCUUCUUGUCUUUCAACUGUGGCUCUAUCCAUACGUGGAGAGGUUUCUGGGCCCAGUAAUGAUAUCUCGCAUAGCAGGGAUUUUAUCCAUCCCAUUGCUGACAUGUUACCCUCUUUUAGCCACGUUGUCGGGGUUCAGCCUUUCCCUGAUUUUAAAUUGUAUAUCUGCAAUUAAGAAUGUUUUGUCGGUGUCUAUAGUAACUGGCAUGUUAAUGCUACAGAACAAUGCGGUGGAGCAACACCAAAGAGGAGCUGCCAAUGGCAUCAAUAUGACUGGAAUGUCUUUGUUCAAAGCGGUUGGUCCAGCCGGAGGAGGUGCCAUAUUUUCUUGGGCACAAAAGCGUCAAGAUUCUGCCUUUCUUCCAGGUGAUCAUAUGGUUUUCUUCAUGCUGAACGUGGUCGAAGCACUUGGAGUGCUAAUGACUUUCAAACCAUUUCUAAGGCAACGGCACCAAUAGAGAACAUGGAUUGGGAUGACGUUGCUUUGCACUGUUCAAUAUACAAUUGGCUGUGUUCAGGGUCAUUGUUAGCGAGUAUUAUGACUUCAUUGUUGGACCUAUGGUCAUACAUGUUGAUAUUAAACCAUUUGUGUUAUUUGAAUGCGGUUUGAAUUAUGAUAAUUGAAU